GGACAAUUGUAGCACAGGAGCUAUUCACCCCGCGGCGGUGGACUAGAUUUGUAAGCAGUCCGCGCCCAUCAUCCACCUCGUGGCCGGCCGGAAUAGUAUAACUUCUUCGACCUUCCUCGUUUGCUCUGCCUUUGCCGUUCCAAUCCCGUUCGCUGCCCUGCCCCUCCGGAGGGGAUUCAGCACAAGUGUAGUUCCCAUCCCAUCUUGUAUCUCUUCUUCGAAAGCGAUAUUUAUGGAGCUGAGUCCAAUUAGUGCUUCGCUGGGUGCCAUGGGCUCCCUUCCAGGGAAGCUCGGUGAGCUCCUGGCGACCCGACACUGGGCUCUGCGGGGUGUUGUGAUGGAUGAAAUCGAGCAACUGACAAAUGAUCUUCACACCCUACAAAACUUCCUGGUGAAGCUCUCAAAUGCGCAGGACCCUCCUAUGACUGCGAGGUACUGGAUGAAAAACGUGCGCGAGUUGACUUAUGAUAUGGUGGACUGCGUUGACCAAUUUGUCCACGCUGAUGCCCGAGCUAAGAUCCGUAGAGCUACUCGCCGUAAGGUUAUUACUCGGUUAAAGAUUAACCGACUUCCAGAGAGGUGGAAGUGGCGCCCAUGGAUCACCAACAAGAUCUCAGAAUUCAGGACUCGUGCGCAGGAGGCAACUCAGCGAUAUUGGAGGUAUAGGUUUGAUGAUUGCGCCUGCAAUCCUGGAUACUCACGUAUUGGCCAGGAUCUUCCAAAUAUUGUGCCAGAUCCUGAUGAUCUAGUUGGCAUAGAAGGCCCAAUGAAUCAGCUUGAGCGGUGGUUGACCAGUGGAGAAGAGCAGCUCAAGGUGGUGUCGAUUGUUGGCGUUGCAGGAAUCGGCAAGACCACUCUUGCCCAAAAAUUGUGGGGUAAGCUCCACGGACAAUUCGAGUGCCGGGCAUUUGUGCGGACAGCCCAAAAGCCCGAUAUGAGGGGGGUCAUCAGGAGCAUACUCUCACAAGUUCGCCGGCACCAACCGCCUGACCCUGGCGAGACGCACCACUUGAUCCGGGAUCUCAGGGAAUAUCUACAAGAUAAGAGGUACUUUGUUAUAAUUGAUGACUUGUGGGCUACAUCAGUAUGGGAUGUUUUUAGUCGUGCUUUUCCAGAGAGUAAUUGUUGCAGCAGAAUAAUAAUUGCAACAGAAAUUAUGGAAGUGGCUUUGGCGUGCUGUGGCUAUUGCCCUGAGCAUAUUUUAAAAAUGGAAUCUCUUAGUGAUGAUAAUUCAGAGAAAUUAUUACUCCAAAGAAUUUUUGUCUCAGGAAAUCAACAGCUUGAUAAUGUUUCACAUCAGAUUAAGAGAAAUUGUGGUGGCUUGCCACUAGCAAUCAUCCUUGUAGCCAGUCUUUUAGGGCGCCAACUGGAGAAACUAGAGCAAUUGGGCUGUAUGCAGAAUUCUUUUGGAGCAAAUCAUACCAUAGAAGGGUUUAUGAGACAAAUACUGAAUAUUAGCUUUAAUAGUCUUCCACAUUAUCUAAAGACAUGUCUGCUUUAUCUUGGUACAUAUCCAGAGGGCUUCCUAUUCUUGAAAUGUGAUUUGGUGAAGCAAUGGGUAGCUGAGGGUUUUAUAUGUGCAAAAGAAGGGGAAGACAUGGAGGAAAUUGCUGGGAGCUAUUUUGAUGAGCUUGUCCAUACCGGCCUGAUCCAAGUUAUGGAUAUCAAAUGUAAUUAUGAGGUGUUGUCUUAUUCAAUGCAUCACAUGGUUCUUGAUUUUAUUUCAUACAAGUCCAUUGAAGAUAACUUCAUCACUGUACUGGAUUAUUCUCAAACGACAAUACCACUUCCUGAUAAAGUUCGUCGAUUGUCCCUCCACUUUGGAAGUGCAACAUAUGCAACUGCACCAGCAAGUACCAGAUUAUCACAAGUUCGAUCACUCUUCUUUUCUGGCUUGUUUAGCUGUGUGCCUUCAUUCAUGGUGUUUAAGCUUCUUCGAGUUCUAGUCCUUCUUUUGUGGGGUGAUAUUGGAAACACAAGUUUCAAUCUUGAAGGAAUCUGUGAAUUGUUUUGGUUGAGAUAUUUGCAGGUCACAUGUAAUGUCCCUGUAAAGCUUCCGGAUCAGAUUGAACCAAUGAAACACUUGGAAACACUGGAAAUAGAUGCAGGAGUAUGUGCUGUUCCCCCAGACAUUGUUCGACUUUCGAACUUGUUGCAUCUCCAUCUUCAAAGUGGGACAAAUCUACCUGAUGGGGUCAGGUGCAUGAGUUCUCUACGUACACUCAUGUAUUUUGACCUUGGCAAUAGCUCUGAAGACGAUAUAUGGGGCCUUGGGGAGCUGACAAACCUGAGGGAUCUUCAUCUCACCUAUUCUUCGUCACCAUCUAGUGAACAUUUGAAGAAAAAUCUGAUAGCUCUGGCCACUAUACUUGGGAAACUUUAUAACCUCAAAUCUUGCACGUUGGCUUCUGGUACUUCUGGCAUGGUUGUUCUUGUUGAUGGCUCGAGCUGCAUGUACUCUACUCCUGUCUUUCUUGAGAGACUUGAGUUACCACCGAUUUGCUUCUUUUCCAGAUUUCCCAAGUGGAUCGGACAGCUCCACAAACUCUGCAUUUUGAAAGUUGCUGUUAGAGAACUGAUGAUGAAUGAUAUUGAUAGCCUGACAGGAUUACAUUCCCUCAAAGUUCUCUCAUUGUGUGUCCAGAGAGCUCCUGAGCGAAGGAUCGUCUUCAACGAUGGGGCUUUCCCAGUUCUCAAAUAUUUCAAGUUCAGGUGUGGUGUACUUUAUAUGUCUUUUAUGGUAGGUGCCAUGCCCAAUCUUCGGAGGCUCAAGCUACGUUUCAACACACAUAUUGGGGAGAAGUACAGCAGUAUGCUUUCUGGAGUUGAGCACCUUCUAAAUCUUCAGGACAUCUCUGGACGAAUUUGGGCCAGAACCGAAUCUGAUAGGAGGAUUUCUGAAUCAGCACUCAAGGACGCCAUUAGCAGGCAUCCAAAGUGUCCUCUAUUGAACGUAAAAUGGGUGGAUCCAGUUGAGGAAGACUAUCAUCCUUCAGAGAAACAUCAUCAGAGGCAAGAAAAAGGUUUAUCAGUUGAAAAACAUAGGGUUCUAGAGAAAGCUGAGGACACAAACAAACAUGCUGAUGCCGGGUUGUCUCAAAAUUCUGACCUGCCAUCUACUGUCGCUUCACGUUGCCUGAAGUCAGAAGAAACAGCUGAAGCUCGCAAACAUCAUGUCCUGGAGAGCAUGCUGCGUGAUGAAAGCACUGAGCCGAAAAGUCUUGAGUUAUCACUGCUGAAAGACAUCACAAAUAAUUUUUCUGAUGAUCGAGAGAUUGGUAGAAGCGAGUUUGGAGUGGUUUAUAAGGGAAAGCUUCGAAAUGGGAGUACUGUUGUUGUGAAGAGGCUUGCGGUUGCAGUUGAUGAUAAAAAAUUUCUGGAUUGUGUUCACUGCCUGAUGAGUGUUAAGCACAACAACAUAGUACGGUUUCUAGGUUACUGCGCUAACACAAACGAGAAUGUGACAAAGGAAGGAUUCAAAAGCGUUUCUGAAAUGGCGCGAGGGAGGUUGCUCUGUUUUGAGGAUAUUUGUAAUGGAAAUCUUCAGAUGCAUCUUACUGAUGAAUCUUGUGGAUUUGACUGGCACACACGGUAUCGAAUAAUUAAAGAAAUAUGCCAGGGUUUGCAUUAUCUUCAUGAUAAAUGCAUUACUCAUUUAGACCUCAAACCAGGCAACAUUCUAGUUGAUGAAAAAAUGGUACCAAAAUUAGUUGAUUGUGGUUAUUCAAGAUUCUUGAGUGAAGCCAUAAGUCAAGGUGGCCUUAGAAACAGCGGUGGAUCGCUGGCUUACAUGGAUACACCAGAAUACUUGGAUGGGGGAGCAAUCACAUACAAGUCUGACAUAUACAGUUUGGGGGUUAUCAUUUUGCAGAUAGUGACAGGGCGGAAUAAAAAGGAUUCCUCAAACACAGUGGGUGUACUUAAAAAUUGGAAAAGUAGGUUGACAUUGGAUACAUCAGUGGGAGACACAUUACUGGAGACAUGUUGCCAACAAGUAAAAAUAUGUAUUGAGAUAGGGAUGAGCUGCAUGGACCAUGACCCGGGAAACAGAUCCACUACACGGCAUAUCAUGGAUAGGUUUGAGGAAACUGACAUUACUGAACAGUCAGUCAGAAGUGACGUAGAUAGUUCAUAUCUACAGCAGAUGAUUGUUUGUUCUAAAGCAACAAUCCAACCUGCAGUUGCGGAAUCAAAACCUUCACCGGCGACCGUAGCUCCGGAAUCAAAAAUCUCACCCACAAUCAUAGCUACAGAAUCAAAAGCGUCACCCGCAACUAUACCCAUCAACACCACACCUCAUAGCAGCCUCACAGAACCAAAACAAAACGUCUCUGCCGAUGACCCGCAUCGGCUAACCCACUUUCCACGACACGCUUCACCUUCUCCAGCGAAAAAAACCAUGGUGAUCUCACCAGCGACCAUGCCGACGAAGAACUACCAUGGCUCGUCAUUCAACUCCCUGUUGUCCUCCUUUGGCCCUUUGCUGCUUUCCCAAAGGGAUGUGCUGGCGUCUGCGUCCGGCCUCCCGGCCGGCCCUGAGGCGUUCCAGCGCCAUGUGGCCGUCGGCCUCGCGGAGCUGAGGGACGGGGAGGGGUUCCUCUCCGUCGCGUGGAUAAGCCGUCUCCUCGAAGCAUUCCUACUGUGCCAGGAGGAGUUUCGGUUAGUGGUAGCCCACGUGGUGCAGAGCCGCACCAGAGGCUGGGAACAGGCAGAGAAGCUGGUGGCGGAAUACUACCAGCGUGUGGUGAACACGCUGGACGUGUGCAAUGCUGCCAGCGAAGGCUUUGACAAGGCGCGGCGCUGGGAGCGCCUCGCCAGCUUUGCGGCAUCCAUGCUGCUCGCUCCCGGGAAGAUUCACGAGCGCCAGCUCCGCCACUCCCGGAAGACCCUGUAUGACCUCUCAGCCCUCCUUGUCGAUGAUGCUGCCACCGCCGGAGGUGUGGCCAGUGUGGCCAGCGGCGCCUCCCACUGCAACCGCUCCUUCGACCCAUCUUGUACCUCCUAUGAGGAUUUGUCCAAGUCCCCCGCACGCUUCCGCAUGCCCCACACGUGGUCGGCUGCACGGCAGCUGCGGGCCAUCGGGUCGGGUCUGGUCGUGCCGCGCAGGCAGGAGGCGGGUCUUGCUGCGCCAGUGUACGCAAUGAUAUGUGUGCUUCACCUCGUCUCGUGGGUGCUCGUUGCGGCCAUCCCGUACCCAGACUCCGGCGCCACACUCCAUGCUGAUCACCUACCCGUUGCACCGCUGCACGCGGCAUUUCCGUGGGCGUUUCCGCUACUGGCCCUCCAGCAGCGCCUCACUGAGGAGGGGAAGCGCAAGGACAGGCACAAUUUUCGCGGCCUCCUCAAGGAAAUCCACACCCUUGAGAAAUGCGCACAGAGGCUCGCUGAGGCAAUCGACUCAGCACCCAUCCUGCUCGCCGGCGAGAUGGAGGCCAUGGUGCGGGAGACCGCAGCUGAGCUCGCUGCCGUGUGUGCCGCCAUGAAGGACGGGCUGGAGCCACUGGAACGACAAGUCCGGAAGGUCUACCGGCACAUUGUACGCUGCCGCGAUAAGUCCCACGAGGUAUUUGAAUUGCGCAGCCUCAUGGUAGACCUUCCGGACUUGUCGCCGUGAAGGAUGGGCUGGAGCCGCUGGAAAGACAGGCCCGGGAGGUCUUCUGCCACAAUGAGCGCAGACGUAUGGAGGGCCUCGACGCUCACCGCUGAUCGAAGCGUUAAGAAGUCACUCUUUGAUCCCGCAAUGUGGCGGUGAUAGGUAGCUCAACUGCUCAUGGUUUAUGCUCACUUGUGAGUUGUGAUCGGGUUGUACAGUAAGUAUAAAUAUGUGUAUCGUUAUGUAAAGGAAGGGGAAAGAGAAGGACCUAUCUUUGUCUAAAUUUGGUUCCUUCUUCUCAUGUUUUGAUGCUGCAUUUGCUGUUUAUCAUCAUAUUUUUGUUAGUCCUCUGUACAGCUAAUAUUUGUGUUACUUUGCGUU